GAAUUAAUGACACGAUACCCUGUCAGUUACUGGUUGCGUUUUAUUCACGCUUUUUCUUCUUCUUUCUCCUCAUUUCAUUUUGGUUUGUUUUUGUUUCCAGAACAAUAUGUCUACGGUGAUUCUACCACCUGUUCCUCCUUCCCCAAAAGAAGAUGCCAUGCAACUUCACCGCGCUUUCAAAGGUUUUGGAUGUGAUACCACCGCUGUGAUCAAUAUACUUGCUCAUAGAGAUGCCGCUCAGCGUGCCUAUCUCCAACAAGAAUACCGUUCCAUGUUUUACGAGGAUCUUCUCAAACGAUUAUCUUCCGAACUUUCUGGCAAAUUGGAAAAUGCUGUUCUUCUUUGGAUGCACGACCCUGCCGGACGUGAUGCUGUUAUCCUUAGGCAGUCUCUCACCGUCACCAAAGCUCUUGAAGCCGCCACUGAAGUUAUAUGUUCCAGAACUCCAGCACAGCUUCAAUUUUUAAGGCAGAUUUACCAUGCCAAAUUCGGCAUUUUUCUUGAUCAUGAUAUCGAAAGAAAUACCUCUGGCGAUCAUAAAAAGAUUUUACUUGCAUAUCUAAACACACCGCGCCACGAAGGCCCUGAGACUAAUAGAGAAAUGGCUGAGAAUGAUGCGGUGGUUCUCUAUAGAGCUGGUGAGAAGAAACUGGGGACGGAUGAGAAAAUUUUUGUGCAAAUAUUCAGUGGUCACAGUGCGGCGCAGUUGGCUGCCAUUAAUCAGUUUUACAAAACCAAGUAUGGACAUCCAUUGACAAAGGCAAUAAAGAAUGAAACAUCAGGCCAUUUUGCUCAUGCACUUCUGACAAUAGUCCAAUGUGCUGAGAAUCCUGCUAGGUAUUUCGCAAAGGUCCUACGUAAGGCAAUGAAAGGGUUGGGGACUGAUGACACAAAGCUUAUCAGGGUGAUUGUAACAAGGAGUGAGAUUGAUCUACAUUAUAUCAAAGCUGAAUAUUUAAAGAAAUAUAAGAAGACACUAAAUGAUGCAGUUCACUCAGAAACAUCUGGCAACUACAGGGCUUUUCUUCUCGCACUUUUAGGUCAAAACCAGUAGAACUCAAAAUACAUGUUGUGUGGAAUAAUUUCAACUAUGAUGUUGAAUAUAAGUGCACUUCCAAUCUUUUAUUUGUUGAUAUUGUAAAUUAUGCAGUGUUUGGUGAUUUUAUUUGCUUGUAAGUCGCAUCAUAAUGCACAUAUUAACGGGCAUUUUGUAUACAUAUAUGUAUAUGAAUCUAUGGAUGGGUUUGUUAUAAGUAUGUAUGUAUAAAAGUGUGGGUGAUUUUUUU